AACAACAGCAUUCAAAUGAAUACUUUGCGCUUGUUACUGUUAAUUUUUAUAAUUAAUGCAGCAGAUUCUCUGAUUAUACACACUUCAUUUGGUCAUUUGGAAGGUGCAGAGAUAGGAGAUUAUCAUUUGUUCAAAAAAAUUCCAUUCGCAAAACCUCCAGUGGGAAAUUUAAGAUUUCAAAAACCAGAGGCAGCCGGGAAAUGGGAUGGAAUAAGAAGUGCUAUUGAAUAUGGCCCAGCAUGUAUGUCGAAUUCUUCUAAAACAAAAAGUCCUCAAAAAUGGGUUGAUGAAGAUUGUCUACAUGUUAAUAUUUUCACUUCAAAAAAGUGUUUGAAGUCAAGAAAUUGUGCAAUAGCAGUGUACAUUCACGGCGGAGGACUGACUUAUGACAGUGCUGUUAUGUUUAAUGACACAGUUUUAUUGGAUACAUUUGUGAAACGUGAUGUGAUUCUUGUAAUUCCUGGUUUUCGAUUGGGCAUCUUCUCGCAUUUUACAGUACAUAAUCAAAAUGUUGCUCCAAAUAAUUUGGCACUUUAUGAUAUCACACUUGCCUUGGAGUUUGUUAAAUCAGAAAUUCACAGCUUUGGUGGAAAUUCUCAAAAAAUAACACUUUUCGGACAUUCUUAUGGUGGAGGUCUUGCGUCUAUGAUGACAUUCAGCUCAGAGAUUAAUCGAGAUUUGAGUCUAUUUCAACAAGCAAUUGUCAUGUCUGGAGGUUUUUACUUUGAAGAAUUGAAGGAUCAUAUUGAAGGAACUAAGAGAUUUGUUGAAUAUGCCAAUUGUUCAGUUCCAUUGAAAUUAGAAAGAAAAAUGGAAAGAAGUCAACAGGAAAUGUACAUGAUGAAGUGUUUGCAGAAAUUGAGUGGAAUGGAAUUAUUAAGAAUCCAAAGAUUACUUGAAGAUAAAGGUUAUCCUGAUUUUGGUGGUGUUAUUCUUCGAGAACCUCUAUUUCCUGAUGUGAAGAAAUUCGAACUAUUGAAAUCUCCUAAAAACAUUCCAAUGCUCACAGGUUGCACAAACCUUGAAUUUGAUCAUGAAUCUAUCAAAGUUCCAUUCGGAAAAUAUUUAGAGUUUGAGAAUCCAGACGAAUGUGAUGAAAAAUAUCGAAAUGAUGUUGAAAGUGGUGUUGAAAAUCGAGGAAAUCAUACUGAUAAAACACAAGGGAUAAUUCUUCCCCUAAAACUUCAAAUAAAUAAUCUACUUGAAAAUAAUGUCACGGCAUACCUCUACGAAUACACUUAUCCGAAACAUGGUAGACAUACCGAUGAUCUCUCUUAUAUAAUGGGAGUUCAUGCAUUUGAAAAAGACGAAAAUGAGGUGCAUUUGGAGCAAGUUUAUAAGGAUAUGGUUAUUAAUUUUAUAAAGCUUGGAGAACCUGGAAUGGGUUUCGAAAAGUCUGAACAGAAUGAGUCCACUUAUUUUGAUAUUUAUUGGAACGAGACGACAGGAGAAAGGCCACGAAUGAGAAAAUAUUUCGAAAAGGAGGUCACUGACUAUUGGCUCAAGGAAAUGAUUGAAUUUGAUCAGAAAGUGACUGAAACAAAGAAGAAAUUAAAACAAAUAUCUCUUAAAACUGUGCCAUUCAUAGAAAAGCCACUGGAGCAAAAUGAUGAAGCAGGAACAUUAAUUGGUGUUUCAUUAAUAGCCAUUUCCAUAUUCCUUAUUGGUUGUAUUUUUGGAAGAUAUUGUUGUUUGAGACGACGAAAUUUGUAUAUUCGAUUGGAUGGAAAUAAUUAUGAAAACGCAGGAAACUUUUAGAUAAACUGAAAUAAACUGUUUUAAUUUGUUUUUUUAUGAUUGCUUUUUCUAAAUAAUGUGAAUCCUCAAACAAAAUAAAACGAUAUCAACAUA